AGGUGGAUGCAAAAACUUGUUCCUGGAUGGGAUAGACUCAUUGGAUAGACAACAAGAUUCAACACAUUUUCCAAAAAACGUUGCAACUAGUGGCAACGGGUGCUAUUAUAUAGUCUACUGAUUUCCACUAAAAGGGGCUUUUAUGUUCCUAUUCAAUGAAAGCGUUGGGCUUUUUCGACUUUUAUGGGCGUACCUGCAUGUUAUUGUGUAGGUGCGAGAGAAAGUCACAAUUCCACAUGUGAUGCGCCUAUUUUGAAACAUGUGACAGUGAGACAUUGGAUUUAAGCGGAGCACUGGAGAAAACUUCAACAAAAACUUGUUUUGUUUUUUGCCGAAGAGAAGGGACAGCUCCACAACAUACGUUGAUGUGAGACUUUUAAGAACAUAAUUGCAGGCAGACGUUCUCCUUAAAAGUAAUGUGACAUAAUAACCUUUAUGUUAUACUGGAUGUAAAAAAAAAAAAAAAAAAAAAAAAACAUUCAGAAAUUGUGAUAUUUGCAUUGAAAUGGAGAUCAUCUUUAUAUAUGAGUAACAACUGUAUACCUGUGUAUACAUCAUCAUCAAAAACAUCCUUGUGCAAGAUGAGAGCUUUCGUUCCUUUGAACCGGACCACACUUGGACUUUUCUGGAGCUGCUUGAGUUUUCUAUACUGCGCUCAUUGUAGUUUAGGCGACAACCAUGUGCAUUCUAGUUUUAUUUACAGGAGAUUGCGUAACCAUGAACGGAGAGAGAUUCAGAGAGAGAUUCUCUCUAUUUUGGGUUUACCACAUCGUCCAAGGCCCUUUUCUCCAGGAAAACAAGCAUCUUCAGCACCCCUGUUCAUGCUUGACCUGUACAAUGCCAUGACUACUGAGGAAGAAGAAGGAUUGAGAACACAAGAGGUUAGAGGGAAAGGAUUCAGCGGGAAGGCUCAUGGAAACUCGCGUAAAGGGUACUACGGCUCUUCGCAGGGACACUCUCGUGUUUCGCAACCUUACCGCGCGGCUCCUCUGACGAGUCAAAGCCCUCCACUCACUACAUCUCACGACACCAACUUUCUAAACGAUGCUGAUAUGGUUAUGAGCUUUGUCAAUUUAGUGGAGAAAGACAAAGAUUUCUCCCAUCAGCGAAGACACUACAAGGAGUUCCGUUUCGACCUGACUCAGAUCCCAGAGGGGGAGGUGGUGACUGCUGCUGAGUUUCGGAUCUAUAAAGAUGGCAGUCCUGCCCGCUAUGAGAACAUUACCCUGAAGGUCACCAUCCACCAGGUCAUCAAGGAAUAUCAAAACAAGGAUGCAGAGACAUUCUUGUUGGAUUCCAAAAAGAUCAAGGCCUCUGAUGGGGGCUGGCUGGUCUUUGACAUCACAGCUACCAGUAACCACUGGGUGCUGAACCCACUGCAGAACAUGGGCCUACAGCUCUCUGUUGAAACUAUGGAUGGACGGAGUAUCAACAUGAAGUCUGCUGGCAUCGUUGGAAGGAAUGGACCACAAUCCAAACAGCCGUUCCUAGUCUCAUUCUUCAAGGCCAGUGAGGUGUUGCUGCGCUCUGUCAGGGCCACUGGUGGAAAGAGGAAGAAUCACAAUCGCAACAAAUCAGGUGGUCAACAGGAUUCAUCACAUGCACCGAAAAGUGGAGAUCAUAACACCAGUGAACAGAAACAAGCCUGCAAGAAGCAUGAACUUUAUGUCAGCUUCCGAGACUUAGGAUGGCAGGACUGGAUUAUUGCACCUGAAGGCUACGCUGCUUUUUACUGCGAUGGGGAAUGUUCUUUUCCACUCAAUGCGCAUAUGAAUGCGACAAAUCACGCCAUUGUGCAAACCCUGGUCCAUCUGAUGUUUCCUGACAAUGUGCCAAAGCCAUGUUGUGCACCGACCAAGCUGAACGCUAUAUCUGUGCUUUACUUUGAUGACAGCUCAAAUGUCAUCCUCAAGAAAUACAGAAACAUGGUCGUCAGGUCAUGUGGUUGCCAUUAACGGGCAAGCAGCGUUAUAUUUCAGAUAUGUGGUAUUGCUGGAUAACUACAUAUCGAUUUAGAUAGAGCGGAUGUUGUGAUGUACAGUAUUAUGUAUAUAUUAGUUGUAUUAACUUAUUUAUUUCCCCCUAUUUUUGUGAUAACACUCGAUAUUGUACAAUGAAUAUGACUUAGAAUAUGAAAUUAGAGUCCAUGUAUAUUUGACAUCACUUGGCACUCUCUCCUAUAGGCCAUAGCGAACAUAUACAGGUACAUUGUUAUAGUUACAGCAUUUCGUUGUACAUCUUAGUAAAAGGAAACUUCUAGAUCCUAUAUGGAUCUAUUGGACAUAUUGUUAUUGGAUACGGUUCAACUAAGUAUACACAUUUUUCCAACGUAUCUUUUUAUACAAGCACACCUACACUCUUAGAAAAUAAUUUGCUAUCUUGAACCUAAAAGGAGAACCCUUUGAAGAGCCCCUUUUGUUUCCAGGUAGAACCUUUUGGGGUUCCAUGUAGAACCCUUUCCACAUAGGGUUCUACAUUGAACCCAAAAGGGUACUUCUAUGGGGACAGCCGAAGAACCCUUUUGGAAUCUUUUUUUCCAAGAGUGUAUAGCACUGUUUUUCAAACUGUUACAUUAGAUUACAUUUUCAAACCAUAGUUUUAAACCAUUCUAACCACUCAAAAAAGGUUUACAAAAUGCUGCUACAGUAAAAUGAGGUAAAAUCUUAGGACAUACCAGAAGAAAAAUGUUUGUGUAGCUACAGUACCUUACCUAGAAAUAGUGUCAAUUAUUGCAUCAACAUUGUAUUAUUACGGUUUUGUAAGCACAUUAUAACCUAUACUACCCUAUGCAACUUGUAACAAUUUAUUGGAUUUCUCCAUCAGCUAUGUUAAAAGCAGAAUCCCUAUUCAUGUCAUUGAGUGAGUAACCGCCCGGCACAACAUAAAUCCCAUUACAAGGUAUGACGUAGAAGAGUAAAGUAAGUAUUUCAAAUAGGUCCCCUUGAAUAACACUCUGAGUUUUUCCUCCAGGCUUGACGUUAAUCAUAUUUACACUGUGCACAGGCUUCAAACAGUCUAUCAUAAAAAUGGGUUUGGAAAAACUUGUGGUUGUUUAUACGGUAUCCUUAGACUUCUGGCUAUAAAAUAUAUGUAUAUAUCAUGUUUUAUAUCAAAUAAGUUAUGCUGAAAGGUACUUCCUCUACGCCAAAGUAUCUUAUAGCUACACUCUGUUGAAUAUAUAUUUCCAGAGCAUUCACUGAAAAAACAUGAGGACUGGCCUGCUAUAUUCUCAGACCCAUAGUUCAAUAACAGUCUAUUGUAGGAAUAUAUGAAAACUAGGCAAAAGUUGUGGAGUAGCUCUCUUAAAAGUACUUAAUGGCCAGUAUAUAUUUUCAUAUUUUACAUACUCAAUACGUAAUGGAUGAAACAACCCUAACAUGCUGACUAGACCGGCCAUGUUGCAUGGGUGAGUGUUGCAAAAUAAAUGUACACAUACUGUACAUGUUAUUCAAUCAUGUCAUCCAAACUGCUAGCAUGUGUCAACGGGCGUCUGGGUAGCCAGGCGCUAAAGUAGAACUUGGUUCUAUUUGAGAAGCUUGACGCGCUACAAGUCCCGCCUCUCCCAUCUACUCUUUUGUUUUCACGACCAUACUGACCCACAUGGGUGAUUGAAAAAUGAACGAGGAGAGAUUAAUCAAAGAAAAAGGACAAAAAAACAAACUAGGUUUCCCCUUUUAUCUGUGGAUUAAUUGUCGGAGUAGAGAACACACAAUUUUGUAUGACUCAAAACGGGACAAAAUUCUACAAAGGACCAUAUGCAUUUCAGGUAAAAUAACAACCCAAUGUUUAUCUCCCAGGACAAAUUAGCUAGCAACAGCAAGCUAGCUAAA